ACAGGAGCAGACAGGAGCAGACAGGAGCAGACAGGAGCAGACAGGAGCAGGAUGAUGAAGACGUCUGUGAAGCUCUUGACUCUGGUGGCUCUGUUCAUCUGUGUCCACUCAGCUGCUGGUCUGCAGUGCUGGUCCUGUGAAGGUUCUUCGUGUUCUUCUCCGACAUCACAGAACUGCUCAUCAGGAGAGACCCAGUGUCUCUCCAGGACUUACAUCGUCUCCUACAACUAUGGAGACUACAGCAGUAACACCACCUCCACUUAUAAAGGCUGUGCUUCUGCUUCGGAAUGUGCAGCUGAAGGGUUUUCUUCAUAUAAUUAUGGUCCCUACUCUAAUGAUGUAAACACCACGUGCUGCGACACAGACAACUGCAACAAUGAGAAUCCAUCCAUUGUGGCGCCCCCUGUUGGCUCUCUGCAGUGUUACAGCUGUGAUCCUUACUCUUAUGAAUGCACUGCCAAUGUGACCUGUAACACCCAGGAGGUGUGUGGACAGGCUGUGGAUGUCCUUACAAAUGACCAGUAUAACUUCUCCCGUCCAUUUUACGGCUGUGUCUCUGAGAAUCUGUGCAACAACACCAACCUGUCACAACUAUAUAUUGGCUUCAGUAGCCCAGUGUCCUGCUGCAACACUUCCCACUGCAACGUCCCAGAUCUGGGGUUACAGUGUUCGACGUGCACAGACUCGUCAUGUUCUUCUCAGCGUUCGGUGACCUGCUCCAAACUCGCCCCCUUCUGUUACUCUCAGGGCUACGCAGUUUCUAACAGUGAUGGAAGCUACAGCUCCAGUGGGAUACAAAAAGGCUGUGCUUCUCCCUCGGUCUGUACAGCUGCAGGGUCUCAGGUUGUUUCUGGUGACUUUGGUGACAUUUCUUACAUCAUAAAGAAAACAUGCUGCGACACAGACGACUGCAACGCUCCAAACCCGACCUUUCGCAGACUUCAGUGCAUAAGCGGCUCCGACUCUGAGCAGCGUUCAGUCUACUGCCCCUAUUUAAGUACAGCGUGUAUCUCUCUGUCCUACACAGUCUCCUACAACUAUGGAAACUACAGCAGUAACACCACCUCCACUUAUAAAGGCUGUGCUUCUGCUUCGGAAUGUGCAGCUGAAGGGUUUUCAUCAUAUAAUUAUGGUCCCUACUCUUAUGAUAUAAACACCACGUGCUGCGACACAGACAACUGCAACAACCAGAAUCAGCCCAUUGUGGCGCCCCCUGUUGGCUCUCUGCAGUGUUACAGCUGUGAUCCUUUCACUUAUGAAUGCACUGCCAAUGUGAGCUGUAACACCCAGGAGGUGUGUGGCACAGGCUGUGGGUGA